GCAACGACGUAGCGAAGCUCAUGAUUACCGAGACGCUCAGGACGGCCACCAGUGUGCCCCUGACCUACUCUCUUGUUGAACUGGACCCGGAAGAUGUCAACGUCGCCGACGUGUGCAACGCCAUCUUCGCCGAUCCCAAGCCGCACGUGCUGAUCGACGCCGUGCGCACGCCGGGCAGCACCGUGGACAAGCUGUCGACGGCGGUGCGCGACACGGCUCGCCGCAUGGGGCUGCCCACGCUGAGCCUCACGUAUGGCGUGCACAACGACUACACGCUCAGCGGCUGGGACAGGCUCACAGCGCUCGAGCGCGAAUUCUUGGUCCACGUCACGCCGCCGGGGGACAUCUACACGCAGGUGAUUCGCGACCUCUGCAAGAAGAUGGACCUCUCCACAGCCGGCAUCAUCUACGACAGCAGCGUCAUCAUCGACCAUAAAUACGCGCGGCUGCUGGAGAACAUACCGACGCGGCAUAUCAUGCGAGAGGUGGACGGCACCAAGGAUGACUUCAAAAGAAAAGCGGAGCUCAUUCACUCCACCGACGUCUCGAACUUCUUCAUUCUUGGCCGGGGUGACACGAUGAACCAAGCCUUGGAGCUGGCUCACAGAAACAAGUGGAACAACUGGCAGUUUGCAUGGUUCCUUAUCUCAAGGGAGAACUACACCCCCAAAUGCUCGGAGUGCGGCAACGUCACGUUCAUCAUGGCCACGCCGCAGCCGACCAACGCUGAUCGUUUGGCAGAAGCCAUGAAAGACAAGGACUUCAACGCCCAAACAGAACAGGUCGACGCGGCCUUCUACAGUGACGUGACGUCUAUGGUAAUCCGAGCCGCUGCCGAAGAGCAAGCGAGCAGGAGGCUGCCCCUUGACCUGGAGUACCCAACGUGCACGGACAUGAAUCUCACCAGCUCCAUGCUCAUGGAGCGCCGGAACAUCACGCUCAGGACGACAAUGAUGCAGAUGGAGCACGCUGGACCUUUUGGGCCCAUUGUGAUACGAGAAAAAGAGAACGGCUACCAAGAGAUCAGUAUGUCCGUACAGAGAGUCAACACAAGAAAAGCGAGGAAGAUGAACUUCACGACGAUCGCCAGAUGGACGUACAAGGACCCUGAGGGAACGCUGGUGGAAAGUCCCGGAGAAGAUCUCGGGAAGUACGCCGCCGUCACGGUGUUUCGGGUUACCACGAUUGUUCAACCGCCGUUCAUCGUCAAGAAGAACACCAGCAGCGGGGAGGACCAGUUCGAAGGCUACUGCAUAGACUUGAUCGACGAAAUCAAGAAGAUACUAAAGUUCGAGUACACUAUAUACGAAGUCCAGGACAAGAUGUUUGGCUCCAUCAACACUACCACCAAACAAUGGAACGGGAUGAUCCGGGAGCUCGUCGAUAAGAAUGCGGACAUCGCACUGGGGCCAAUUUCGGUCAUGGCCGAGCGCGAAACGGUGGUGGACUUCACUGUGCCCUACUACGACCUGGUGGGCAUCUCCAUCCUCAUGAAGAAACCCGAAGUGAAAUCGUCGCUUUUCAAGUUCCUCACCGUGCUCGAGGGAAACGUGUGGGGAUGUAUCCUCGCAGCAUACUUUUUUACAAGCUUCCUCAUGUACCUUUUCGAUCGGCUGAGCCCGUACAGCUACCGAAACAACAAGGAGAAAUACAAGGACGACGAGGAGAAACGAGACUUUAACCUGAAAGAGUGCCUCUGGUUCUGCAUGACAUCGCUCACACCCCAGGGUGGUGGCGAGGCACCACGCAACCUUUCCGGACGCCUGGUGGCGGCCACCUGGUGGUUGUUCGGCUUCAUCAUCAUCGCCUCGUACACGGCCAACCUGGCCGCCUUCCUGACCGUGUCCCGACUCGACUCACCCAUCGAGUCCCUCGACGACCUCGCCAAGCAGUACAAGAUUAAGUACGCGCCCCAGAAGGACACGUCAUCGAUGACUUACUUCGAUCGCAUGGCCUACAUCGAGUCCAAGUUCUACGACAUCUGGAAGAAUAUGUCCUUGGACGACACCCUGAGCGACGAAGAGCGCGCGAAACUGGCAGUGUGGGACUAUCCAGUCAGUGACAAAUAUACGAAGAUCUGGUGGACCAUGCAGGAGGCCAGCAUGCCCACAGAAUUUGAGGAAGGUGUGCGAAGGGUCAAGGAGUCCAAGGGCUCGCAAGAAGGGUUCGCGUUCAUCGCGGACUCAACCCGAGUGAAGUACGCCACAAUGACCAACUGUGACCUCGUCUCCGUGGGCAGUGAAUUCAGCAGAAAGCCGUUGGCCCUGGCGGUUCAACAGAACUCUCCCUUGAAGGACCAGCUUUCAAGCGCAAUCCUCAAGCUACUCAACCAGCGUCGCUUGGAAGGCCUCAAGGAAACGUGGUGGAACAAGAACCCCGCCCGUGUCACAUGUGACGACAGCGAGCGCCAAAGCGACGGCAUCAGUAUCCGGAACAUUGGUGGCGUUUUUAUCGUCAUCUUCAUCGGCGUUGUCAUGGCUUGCAUCACCCUGGCCAUAGAGUACUGCUACUACAAGAACCGCAAACCUAACAGCAAAGUGGUCGCCGUCAAAGAAUACUCUGGCAAAGACUCUAUCAAAGACUCUAUCAAGCACUAGUAGCCUUCAACCAGCCAUUUACUCCCUAAGCAGCUCGCUCGCUACGUUAUACCGAAGAAUAUUCCCUAGCUUGCUAGAAACAGCAGUGCACGGGAAACUUACGAGUGAAUAGAUAUUGCUCCAAACGCGUUUUAAGAUUAGGUGCGAGUGUGCUAAAUUAUCCAGAGAAAUAUGCCGGAGUUGCGUUGAAUAAAAACAAACCUUUUAAAGUGCUUUACCUUAUGGCGACAUUGAGAACCACUGUUCUGAACGGCACUUCUUCCUCCCUUUCACAUUAAGAUGUCUUUCAGCAACCAUCCCAAUAAAGUUCCCAGAGCUGUGACUUUGCCAGCUGCUAGCGUAAAGUGACCAGACGUCCACAAAUAAAGUGGGACAGGGCCCGCUUUUACGCGCGUUGCCCAGCUUCGUGCCAGCGGCCAGUGUCAAACUGUGGUGCUGCUUGGCACCAGAGAGGCAGUUCUAAGCGGCAGUGACCCAAAACGGUUACCAGAACGUUGGUGGUGACCCCGAAUGCUGCAGGAAAACAGUAUAUGGCGUCCUGCUAAAUCCCGAACAAGAGCAUCUGUCACCAGCUGGCGCAGAAUCAAUACUGUUCCGUUAGCCGGUCAUGCAUCACAAACCGCAUCAAGGCAGAGUAAGGACACCAUAGUCUACAGCCAAGUCGCGAAUAGAUUUGCGAUUUGAGCGUACCGUUAAUAAUGUUUGAGUCGCUAAUCUGCCUUGGCAACGUACGGCAUAAAACCCCAAACGAAAACCAGAAAACUGAAACAAAACGCAUUGCACACAUCACGCCUGUAAUCCUGGUUUCCCGUUCCUCCUACACCGCCUCUGUCUACAGAUCCGUCUCCGCCCCCCCCCCCCCCGC